GCUCGAUGAUGUCAUCCUGUUGGAGUAACGCGAUGGGGCUGGAUCACAUGGUCCAGGAGAGGAGGAGUGGACCCUCACCAUCCUCACUCCAAAACUGAGUCCAAGUUUGUGUCUGUGCCCUACGCACUUUGCUCGCUUUUAGGCGUGCCUAAAAUUAACUGGACUAAUUUUUUGCAUAUGGAUAUUGCUUUAGCGUUCACGGACACGGCAGAGAUAUCUCAUCACAGACUGGGUCCAAGCAUGAACGCAUAUGGACUGGAGAAAUCAGGGUUAGCCUAACAGUGUUGGGCUCUGUGUGUGCAGCGAUGCCUCCGCAGGGUGUAGGGGAGUAUAAACCCGUGUCAGGCUCGUCAGUGCCGCCGGUACCACCGCGCAGAUUCAGGAGUAAAGAUGUGGCCAAAAGGAGCCGCUGGGGCUCGGCGCCGGAGCGCAGGGUGAAGUGUGUGCUGGUUGGAGACGGAGCUGUUGGUAAAACAAGUCUGAUCAUCAGUUACACCACCAACGGCUACCCCACGGAGUAUGUCCCAACGGCUUUUGAUAACUUUUCAGCGGUGGUCGCAGUUGAUGGCAAGCCUGUGAAACUCCAGCUGUGUGACACUGCGGGCCAGGAUGAGUUUGAUAAGCUGCGACCUCUGUGCUACACCAACGCUGACGUCUUCCUGUUGUGCUUCAGUGUAGUCACACCAUCCUCGUUCCAGAAUGUCAGAGAGAAAUGGGUGCCUGAGAUCCGACGGCACUGUCCACGCACCCCUAUCCUGCUAGUGGGGACCCAAGGUGACCUCCGGCAGGACGUCAACAUUCUCAUCCAGCUGGCCAAGUACAAAGAGCGUCCAGUGGAGCCACAAGAGGCCUGUGUGUGUGCUGAGGAGGUGCAUGCUGUGUCUUAUAUGGAGUGCUCAGCACUUACCCAGAAGAACCUGAAAGAGGUGUUCGAUGCAGCAAUUCUAGCCAGCAUUCAGAACAUAGACAGCCAGCAGCAAAGGUUGAUGAAACGCACACCCAAUAAGAUGAGGACGCUCUCCAAGUCCUGGUGGAGGAAAUACUGCUGUUUGGCAUAGAAGGACAAGAGGGAUAUUCACUCUUGGAGGUUUUAAGUAUGGACUGUAAGACAAAACCGAAGGCUUUAGGGGUUGCUGUAGUAAUUUAUGAACAGAGAUUAAAAUUAUAUUGAAAUGUGAUGGGACAUAGUGCAGACGAGCAGGAUAAGUGAAAUGAAAAGAUUCUACAGACAUUAACAACACUUAUCCAUCCUUUGCAGUGGAAAAUGCAAAGUUGACUCUUCAAAUGAGUUGCUCGUGUCUAGUUUCACGUUCCUGCUCCAGCCAGUGUUUUUGCUUUGUCUUGAAUAACAGAGAGCAAGGAGAAACAACCAUGCAAUAUAGCAUUGCAAAAGAGAGCCACAUGCAAUAUAGCAUUGAAUACCUUUUAUUGCUGUUGAAUGAACUCAUAAAAUCAUCACUGCAGGUGCAGUUAAUUCAACAUUGGUGUUUUAUUAUGCAGCAGAUCCUCUCUAACACUAACACUAAAUUUAGACUACUCAGCCUACACUGUGAAAUAACAAAGACCACUUGGGUGGUCCCAGAUAGAGGACAAUAGUCCACCAAUAUUUAUGCGCUGUCCUUCUUUUACAACACAAUUUGUUUCUAAAUUUUAAUUAAACUACCUGGACGAACAGCUUUCCUCAAGCUGGAAUAUCACGAUUUCCUGUUGGCUAGCCACAAAGACCUGCUUCAGUUAAGAGUUACUAAAGUGUGAGUGUAUUCUAGUGCACUAUCAGUAGUUUGGCAUCGGUUUGUUUUUAGCGAUCUGUGAGGUUGAAGGACAGCCCAGUUCCAAAACAGCUGAAUGAAAAAAAGUCUAGUUUACUUUAUGACUUAAUCCAUUCAAAACAUGAGGUCAUGGUCAGUAAGUGAGUAUUAAAGAGGCAAGUUAAUAUUUUUGUAUGUACUGCAUGUUCUCUCAUGCCAGAAGUGCUUGAAUUGGAAAAACGAUGUUUGCUUUCUAUGUCACUAGACAUUGGCUGUUUAUCUGUCAUGAAGAUAAGGUGUACAAUAGGGGUUAGUGUUUAAUACAGGAGUUUCCCUUGAAAUUACAGAUCGAUAUCUCACAGAGCUGAAGUUUCAGACAGCCUUGAUAAUGCUGAUAAAUUUGAAUGUAUUGCUUUAAAAAAUCAUUAUAGUUAUAUCCAGUGUGUUUUAUUUACAAUUUCUGUAUUUUUAUGUCCAUUUCCAUAAAAAAAUACCAGUUCUUCAUAAAUUCCAUACAGCAAUCUAGCAACCAUGAAACUAUGAAAGCUGGAUAUUAAAGUGUAUAAGUAGCCUGAAAUUAUAUGAUAUAUACAGAAAAAUGUGAUAAAGCAUGUAGAGAAUGUCCAAAAUUUAUUUCUGUAUAGCUCAGGUAAAGCUGUAUCAUACAGGUUUUGUUUAAUCUAGAACAAGUGACCCUAGCAGAUUAUAUUACUUACCUGCUAUUACACUUUGAAUGUUAUAUCACAAAAGAAGUUAUGGUUUAUUUCAAUCAUUUUUAUUUUCUUUCUUUCUUUCUUUUUUUUUUUUUACAAAGAAAUCAAAAUCAUAUUAAUAGCCAAUAACAUUGGCGAUUACGGUUAUUAAUAAUAACAGUGCCAUUGUUUAUUAGGAAUCUGUCUCCAUGACUUGUAUCUGAAUUUUAUACGCAUGACAAUGUCUAUGAAAAGACAUCAGUAUAACUUUGUGCCUGGUCUCCUGUUGAGACACCUCAAUCUGAUGUCAUGAUAAACACUACAGAUAUGAAGCACAAGCAUCAUUUAUUGCUCAACAUUUCCCCAGUUGUUGUAAACCCUGGAGCUUUAUCCUCGGGUAAAUAAUUGAUUAGGUCCACCCACAUAGGAUGAACUGGAAAAGUCACCUGCUGAAACGGGACAUGAGCAAGUGAAAAUGGAGUGGCACUGAAUAGAGAGGUUAAAGUUUCACAAGAUAAGCAGCGGUAGACACCGGAGUACCAGUAAGCCUGCCCUUCCCAACAUGCUUAUAUCAGCAAUGAACUGAAACUGAUGUCUCUUUGAAAGUUGCCUUCAUAUACUAAAAAACAAAAAUAGCUCCUCAUGUCUACCAUCCAUAAGAGUGUAAGUGAAUGUGGAGAGAUGGAGUCUUUGGUUUCUGAAUGUGAAAAACUGAAUACUGUAACUGUACAUGUGAAAGAGAAAGCUCAAUGAACACACAUACAACUGGAAAUAAAGGUGCUGUUAAAAGAUUUUUGAACACAAUAGUUGGUACAUUGCAGUCAACAUGUUUCAAAUGUAAUUGUGAAGUUACAUAAUGUAUGAAUUGUGUUUGACACUGGCAUUUUGCUAAUCUUUGAAUUGAAUCAAACUGAAUGUUGGUAAAAGGAUGAAUGUCAGUGUUGAAUGCUACAGUACAAUUAGCUUUUGUUGGGUACAUUUCUUUAUUGUCAAAUUGCUUGCAACACUGUGAACUGUGUAUUUUUGGGGGUAAUGAGCUUGUUGCAAGAUGAUGUAAGAUUUACAGUAGAUGAAGAUAUUCUCAGAACCUGGUCACAAUCUGGCGGGACAUGAGAUGAGAUAAUAGCACAGGAAUGUAUACAGAUUGUUAUCCUUUUUAAAAUAAAGAUGCAAAAUAUC